AUGGACUCGGAGUUUCCUCCUGCAAUUGCUCUAGCGCAGGCAGGAGUUAAAUUUCGAAGCGUUUCUGAGAGUGGCAGCAUAAUGAAUAUUGAAUUCGAAAAGGGGGUCUUUUGUUAUUUUGGAUACAAAAGAGGUACUUUUAAAAUUCCACACCUAUCAAUUGGGGAGCUGACAGAUCCACUGCUCAGGAACCUCAUUGCCUUUGAGCAAUGCUACCAUCACCAUUCGCAUGAAAUAACAUCUUAUGCGUUUUUGAUGGAUAAACUCAUCGCUUCCAGCAAGGACAUGGAGUUUCUGUGUGAUAAACAGAUAAUAGAUAACUGGUUGAGCGCUGAAGAUGGUGCCAAGUACUUCAGCAAGCUCUGCAACGACACCGUUCUCAACAAGUUCUGCUAUAAGGAACUCCGCGCUCAAGUGAAUAAGCAUUACGAGACCACAUGGUACAGGUGGCUUGAAAAGUUGAACCGUGACUAUUUUGCAAACCCAUGGAGUGCCAUUUCUCUCAUUGCAGCUACUAUACUUCUGGCUCUCACCGUCGUGCAGACCGUGUACACCAUUAAGUAG